AUGACAAACCUUCCACCAGACAUUAUCCAAGUUAAGCGCAAACGUGGCAAGGAUGACGACCCCGUCGACUUCCUUCGACUCGAGGAAAGCAAACGAUCCCGCUCGGGUGAUGGCGGUUGGGUCUACCAGCGCAGGUCGGCAAAUUAUGUGCGUGCUAGCGACGCAGUUUCAGAACCCCCCAAUUCGAAGAUCCCAGUGAUCAAGCCAACCCGGGAAGGCGAUGGGGAGCGACUGGUCAGGCAACCGCGCACACGAACCAGGACUCCUGCCAGGAACGAUGCGGCCACUCCAGAAGCUACCCCAGGCACCUCCAGCGCGGCGGAGAAGCCAGCGCCAACCAAGUUGGGCCAUUCAAGUCGUCCGAGCACCGACCGCAUACGUCGGUUCCACAUGGCGAGAUCUAACUCGCCCCAGCCGGCCGCUGGCGUGUCAAAGAGGCGCUCCGUACCUGCCGUGUUCGUCGAACGGGGCGCAAAGAAACAACGGGAGACAUUGAAGGCAAGGAUCCAGGAACACAAUGUAACCCCAGCAGAGUCGCCCAGGCACUCGCCGCCCUUGGGACCCUCUCCCCCCCGAGACGAGAAGCGAUCGCUCAGCCCAGUCAAGUAUAAACGACCGGGCAACAAGGCUCGCACGCCUGCCCCCGAUGAUAAACCCAGGCUUCCCCCAUCCAUGCGUGAGCGCGAGAAGUCCGACGUAAACGAGCUUGCUCGCGUUAUGGACAGCUGGACACUGGAUGAGAUUACGAAGAACAUCAACAAGAUGGAAGAACAGAGCACCAGAUCCAAAUCUAGCCCGGUAAAGUCGCGAUUCAAGCCCAAGCCCCCCAAGCAGCGCUACUUUGAACGCCACCCCGAAUCUGUAGUCCCAAAGCAACAUCAGCCGCCGGCCAGCGCGACACCCAUGGACGUGGACAUCAGAGUAGCGGGAGACUCAACCGACGAGGAAGACUACGUAUUGGAAACCUACGAGCGCGUUCCCGCGCAACGGCUACAGGAACGGGCAGUGCCGCCACAUCUCGUCGGCGUCUUGAUGUUUGAUACUGAGCCCGAUAUGGUCAACUUCUUUUACGGCGACGAGGGCGACAGCGAGGACGAUUUCCCAGAAGAUGAAGAUGACGAGAAUGCGGAAAACUAUUACGCGGCAGACUAUCCCGAAGAAGACCUCGACUGGGACGACGAGUUCAACCGGAACCCAUAUUCCUACACGAAUUUGAACGACUCGGACAAGGAGGAAUUCGACGAGUUGGAUUACGAGGACGACAGUUUCGAGAAUAAUGACAAGGUUGGCGUUCCGCAGGUGCAGGCCCAAAAAUGGCCCAUCUGA